GCCGCUGAUAGCCGCAUACUUUGCUACCCUACUCUUAUCAUCCUUGGAGUUCACGCCUGGACCACAUCCACAGCUGGUGGCGUGCACCCAUCCGGAGAACCAUCCAUGAAGACGUUUUCUUGAACAAUUUGGCCAGCAUGUCACUGAUAUAUAGUGUAGCGGCCUUGCGCCAUCCCACUCUUUCCUCCCCAUUCACACUUUCGCUCAUACCUCCGCUCACUAACGUUUCAUUCUUUUUCACCUGAAUCCACCAUGUCGUGGUUCAAGGAUACCGAAAAGACCGGCGAGUUCGUCUCAGCGACUCCCGAUGCUCCUUUCGAUGCCCCAUACGAGGAGGGCGAGAUUGUCGAGAACACCGAUCACCUCCAUCGUCGUCUUGGAAACAGACAAAUCCAGCUCAUGGCCAUUGGCGGCACCAUUGGUACUGCCCUUUUCGUCAGUAUCGGUGGUGGUUUGUACAAGGGUGGGCCGGGAUCGCUGUUCCUCGCAUACACUAUCUACGCUUGCUUCCUCGGUCUCGUCAACAACUGUAUCGCAGAAAUGACUAUCGCAUAUCCCGUCUCUGGUGGUUUCAUCCGUCUAGCUGGUCACUUCGUCGAUGAUGCCUUUGGCUUCAUGGCUGGUUAUAACUUCUUCAUCUAUGAAGCGCUCCUGAUUCCUUUCGAAAUCACUGCUCUUUCCACGGUGCUUGACUUUUGGAGCGAUGACAUCCCACCAUGGGCUAUUCCUCUCGCUUGUAUUAUUCUCUAUGGUAUCCUCAACGUUCUUGCUGUCAAGGCAUUCGGUGAAGCCGAAUUCUGGCUCUCUGGUGGCAAGGUCAUCCUGAUCAUGAUUGUCUUCUCAUUCACCUUCAUCACCAUGGUCGGUGGUAACCCUCAAAACGACGCAUACGGAUUCCGCAACUGGAAGCACAACGCCUUCAAAGAGUGGAGAAGCACUGGAACUCUCGGUCAGUUCGAGGGCUUCUGUGCUGCUCUCUGGUCCGCAUCAUUCUGUGUCACUGGUCCUGAAUACAUCUCCAUGGUCUCUGCCGAAGCCAGACGCCCUCGUGUUUACAUCAAGAACGCCUUCAAGACUGUCUACUUCAGAUUCGCAUUGUUCUUCAUGGGAGGUGCAAUGGCAGUCGGUAUCGUCCUCAGCUCUACUGAUGCUACUUUGACUGGUAUCAUCACUGGUGAAUCGAGCGGAUCUGGAACUGCUGCUGCCUCGCCUUACGUUAUCGCCAUGAAGAACAUGGGUAUUGGUGGCUUGCCUCAUUUGGUCAGCGCUCUCUUGGUUACCUCUAUCUUCAGUGCCGGAAACACCUACACUUUCUGCGCCACUCGCAGUUUGUACGGCCUCGCUAUUGAGGGCCGUGCUCCCAAGGCCCUCCGCUACUGCACCAAGAGUGGUGUACCCCUUGUCUGCUUCGCCAUUGUCAUGAUCUUCCCUUGCCUUGCUUUCUUGCAAGUCAGCAGCGGAUCCAACCUCGUCUUGGGCUGGCUCAUCAACCUCGUCACUGCUGGUGGUGUCAUCAACUACCUGGUCAUGUGUAUCACUUACAUCUUCUUCUACCGCGCUUGUCAGGCCCAGGCUCUGGAUAGAAACACUCUCCCCUACAAGGGUUGGUUCCAGCCAUACUGCGCAUACCUUGGAGCAGCUUGGAUGAUCAUGAUUGUCUUCUGCUAUGGCUACACUUCCUUCGCCCCAUGGUCCGUGUCGAACUUCUUUAUUUACUACACCCUACUUUUGGUCGCACCAGUCACCUACUUCUCAUGGAAACUCAUCAAGCGCACCAAGAUCGUCAAGCCCCUCGAAGCUGACUUGGUCUGGGAACGCCCCACCAUCGAUGCAUACGAGCAAACUUUCAUCGACCCCCCUAUGACUUUCUGGGGCGAGAUGUUGGGACCUCUGAAGUUCGGAAAGAUGAGAAAUGCUAGUGAUAGGCAAGCCAGUGUUUCUCAAUAGAUGUAGACGUUAUGAUUGGAUAUGAUAUUCGGAUAUAUGACUUUUGGACACCAAAAAAUAGGGGUUCUAGACAGUGGAAUGUGUGUGGUUCC